AUGUCUGGUCGCCCAGGCGCUCCUACUCACACCAUGUCGUACGGCAUGGCUCCUCCCAUGCACCCGCAUCACCUCAACCAAGGCCAGGACUCGUCUUCCCCCGUCCCACCGCCUUCCUACGCUGGUCACCAACAGCAGCAGCAACAACAACAACAACAGCAGCAGCAACAGCAGCAGCAGAUGAACCAGUACGGCGCCUCCAACUUUGGCUACCCCAACCAGGGCUUCUACGGUCACCCUGCUCAGCAGCACCCUAACGAUGUCGCUUCCCAGCAGCAUCAGCAACAGCAACAGCAGCAGCAGCACGCUGGCUACUACUCGCACCACACUUCCUCGCCCCAGAUGGACCCCAAUGGUCAGCUCUACGCCGCUCACCAGAUGAACCACCCGGACAUGAUGGCCAACGGCCAAUUCCAAGGUCACCACCCGGACCUUAUGGCCCACCAGCACGGCUACGCUGCCCUUCAGGGCGGCGGUGGCCUCCGACCCAAGCGCAAGCAGGUCAAGAACGCCUGCAUCAACUGCCAGAAGGCCUGCAAGAAGUGCGACGAGGGGCGACCCUGCGGUCGUUGCGUCAAGUACGGUCUGGUCGACACGUGCCAGGACAGUGCCCGCAAGGAGAGGCGUCGUGGCAUCAAGCGUGGUCCUUACAAGCGCAGGGCUACCACGGGCUCGCAGCCCACCAACCCAUCUCUUUCGGUCUCCGGUCCCAUGUCGUCGUACGGACGCGACGGUCACAUCUCUCCAUCGAGCCGCAGCGACGGCAUGCUCGGCAGCACGCCCGGUGGAGAGUCCAGCUUCUCCAGCCCGGCCUUCGGCACGCAGGUCCUGCAACCGCGUCCGCCCAUGUCGCUCCAAAUGCCCGGCAACGGCUGGCAGCCCAGCGCCACCAGUCCCAACAUGGACGACCGCGAGGGACUGCGCGCUCGCUACGGCCAGAUGGGCAACCAGCCCUCGUACUACGGCUACGAAGGGGAUGCGGCUCACCACGCGUACGAUCGCAGCUCCUCCGCUCCCGUCGCGCAACCCGGGUCGAUGCUGAGCCCCGUCGGUCGAUUCCCUUCGGGCACGCCGCAGUCGUCCAACUCGCAGCUGCCCAGUAUGCAGUCGAACGGAAGCUACCUCGGCGGUGUCUACUCCAACGGUCGUGUCGGUGGGCUGAGCAACAACGGCUCUACGUCGUCCCUCAUCAGCCCGCCGCUGCACUCUUCGACGUCGAACGCGAGCUUCCUCUCGGCCUCGUCGGCGCCGACGUCGAUCGCCCACCACCGACUGCACUCGGAUAGCUCUCUGGCGACGCUCUCGUCCGCGGGUGCGAGUUCGUCCACCAUGUCACCCCGUACACCCCUCAACGGACCCGGUGACCAGCCGCUCCUCUCGCCCAAUGGAAACCGAAUCGGCUUCACCCCUCCCCAACCCACCGUGCCCACGGCAAGCGGGACGUUUUUGACCCAACAAGACGCCCGUCCCUUCCCACUCAAGAUGCCUAAAGCCCCCACUCGUGGUCGCUCCGGCUACGAACAGCCCCAACAACAGGGUGCGGGUUACUACAACAACCUCGCACCCAUCAACGUCAAAGUCCCCUCCCAACAGGGUCCACAGAUGGCCCAGCGAAGCCCCUACAUGGCCGUCCAGGCACUGGCUGACGAGCGAAGGUUCCAAACCCCCAGGAUGGAUCUCAGCCCCAACAUGGUCAAGAACGAGAGGGAGGUCGGCGCUCCCCCCGCCCCCGCUGGCUCGCUUGGUCUUGCCUAA